AUGAUGCACCGAGAAUCUUGCGCUUGUGGCACCGACAGUUUAGAACUGUUUAAAGUGCCCCCGACCAACGUCACUUUAGAAGAUUCGAAAUGGAUGGAAUAUUAUCCCAUUUCCAGUACCCUCAACUCGGAUACGGCUCCGAUUGAAUUUGAAAUCAAAGGACAAGGAGAUGAAUAUCUGGAUUUAUCCCAAACUUAUCUCCAGAUGGUAUGUAAAUUCACCAAAGCAGACGGGACGAAUCUCGCAGGAGCCAAUUCGACCUCGACCCCCGUGAAUAACAUUCUCCAUUCCUUGUUCAGUGAAAUCGAUGUCAGUCUCAAUGGAAAAGUCAUUACCCCGGGGACGGAUACUUAUCCCUACAAAGCGUAUCUGGAGAAAUUGUUGUCUUAUGCACCCAAGACUCUGGAAACCCAGAUGAGAGCCUGUAGCUUGUGGGAAAAAGAUACGGCAGGACAUAUGGAUGAGGUCAAAUUAGAAGCUCUGACUCAACCUCCUGUGGAAUUUGCAGUAGCGCUUGAUAAAGUCAACAUCGCGGCCGUCAUUCCGACUCCCGUGUAUCCGGAUGAUUCCAAGAAUGUAGGGUUGAGAAAACGUCACGAGAAGAUUACAGACAGUAAGGAGAUCGUGUUGAUGGAUCGAUUACAUCUGGAUUUGUUUGAGCAAGAGAAAUGUCUCCCUAAUGGGUUGGAUGUCCGUCUCCGAUUCAAUCGCGCUCGACCCCAGUUCUACAUGAUGACCGCUGCCGGGAGUAGUGGGAAAGUGGUCAUUCAAAGUAUGAUCUUGUGGGUGAGGAAAGUCAAACCUGUGCCGAGUAUCAUUAAUCUCAUCAAUCAGCAACUGAGUACUCAAACGGCAAAAUAUCCAUUGAGACGAGUGGAAGUGAAAACCUUCACCAUUCCUAGUGGCACCCAAUCUAAAAUCACCGAUCAUCUGUUUCAAGGACAGAUGCCUAAACUGAUCGUGUUGGGCCAGGACUGGGCUCCGGACAUUACCCUGGAAGAGUAUAAAAACGGUUACACCCUCUGGUGUGUGGAUUUCACGAAAGAUCAAGAAGCCCAGACGGAUAAAUUUCAUCUCAUACAGACGGGGAACUUGAGAGUGGAAGUGCAAUUUGCCGCCAACGUGGCCAGGACCUUAAACUGUGUGGUGUAUGCCGUGUUCGACAAUCUGCUAGAAAUCAACAAACAACGAGAAGUCAGCAUCGAUUACUAA